CGUCUGUUUGCCGUUAGCUCAACACUGGUGCUGCUGCUGCUGCUGAGCCUUGGCGGAGUAUGUGUGAGUGUGUGAGUAUGUGCGAGUGUGUGCUGAUGGUGGACUGUUCCCGGUGAAAGACGCCGAACCCGGCCGCGUGAAAAAUGCCUCACAGCCGCGUGUAAACGGUCGAAGCUCGCGGAGGGGAGAGAGAGAGUCAGGUGUCCGGGCGGCUAGAGAGGAAAAUAUGAGCAGGAUGUUGCAAGUUUUAGCGUGUGGCGCCGUAGUUUUCCCCGGUCUCUUCUUCGCCUUCAGGAAGAUCCUACCGUGUGUGUUCAAACACUGGAGCGAUGCCGACGUGGUACUGGUCAGCGAGAGGCUGGUGUCCUCUAUCCAUGCUGCCAUGGCAACCACAGCAGGAGCUGUUGUCGUGUCAUCGUGCUGCGGCAACGUCAUUAAUGACAGGCACUGGCUGGCCACCUACUUUGUCAUCUGGUACGGUGUCCCCUAUAUGACGUACGACAUCUUUGCCAUGUACCUCAGUCACUACUACCGCUUCCACAUCAAAGGGCAUGAGGACUACAAGCGGCAUUCACUGAGGACCAUAAACUCCUUUGUCCGUAAGGAGUUCCUGCUGGUCCUGCAUCACAUCGCUCUGCUCACCAUCCUGCUGCCUGUCACACUGUUCUUCAGAAAGGACCAGGGGGAUUUCUUCAUCGGCUGCUUGUUUCUAACAGAGCUCAGCACGCCCUUCGUGUCCCUGGGGAAGAUACUUAUUCAGCUCAGCCUCCAGGACUCCUGGCUGCACAAGCUCAAUGGCGGGAUGGUCCUCUUCACCUUCUUCAUGUGCCGCAUCGCCCUCUUCCCGUUCAUGUACUGGAUGUACGGCCGUCACUACAGCAUCCCUCUCUACAGCGUGCCCUUCCACCUGCCGCUGUCUGCCAACCUGGGCAACUCGUGCAUCUUGGCGCCGCAGGUCUACUGGUUCGUCCUGCUGUGCCGAAAGGGCUACCGUCUUUACCAGCGCAGCCGCAGCCCGGCCUCGUCUCCCACGGCCGACACCGCCGCUGUCACUGACAGUUCAAAAGAUGAUUGAUACGCGGACCACGACCGCUUGCUCUAGCCACACACUCAGCUACUAACGCUCAGCCCAACCAUCGUACUGUAGUACACCAGGACUGCCUGCUCUCGUUCCACAACUCCCGGGCAUUUUCCGCACACUUCAACCAACUCCUCUGCCUACGUGGACCUCUCCACCUCCAAUCUAACUCUACUACUGAAGUUUAGUGAUUUUAAUUUUUUUGGGAUGUGACUCUGGCCUGGAUCUCGCUGAAGUGCUUCACUGUGUCUGAAUACAUUUACAGCACUGAAAAAAGAAGAAGAAGGAAAAAAAAAAGAUCAUGUUUGCUGCACUGCAAGUGAAAUGUGGAGCAAACGUACCAGAAACUAAAGAGGAGAUACGAUCCUUACUCCUACUGUUUACAGCUGCUGAUUGGAAAGUCAUGUUACAGUGUAUGUUUGUGGGUGUUAUGGCUGGUUUUCAUUUAAGAGUAACAUGUCAGAUAGUUGGAUUUCUUUUCAGAUCAUUUUAUUUGUCACGCUGGUGACAAGGAUUGGGGCCUGUGGUGGGCGGCAUGGAAGUUCAGGCAGUAUUAGCAGAGAUAGGAAAUGAGGAAUACGCGUCACCAAGCAGUUACAUCGUUACCUGGUUAAUGUGAUAGCCCCUGACUUUUCACCAGUUUCUCAUAGUGCACGCAAUUACCUACACUCUUAUUUUCAUCAGUGUUUCCACCCUUCUUUUUCAGGUUUAUAGUUUUCCAUUAUCUGUAGGGAACUAUUUUUGACACCAUGAUUGAUUAAGAAAUGGCCUCUCUCACACAGGGUUUUUUUUUUUUUGUUGUUUUUUUUAAAGAAAACAGUAAUAUUGUAAUGUCUUGCCCUGAAAUAAUUUUUUCUUAGGUGUGAAGUUCAGCUCCUAGGCAGAUAAAAUUUUAAAAAAUCA